UUGAACAAUCGUGGAUGUUUGGACGAGAAAAUCUGUAGUUUUUCAGGGAUUUGUGGCUAAUUAAGGAUUAGUGUGUGUUACAGGAUUAUAUAGUUGGAUAGUUUAAUAUCUGGAAUAGCUCAUGUGGGCACUGUAUUCAUGGUGUUACCCUUGAAUUUGCAGGGCUUCGAUGGAAAGCGAAUCGAAGCAUCGUAAUCAAAGAGUCAGACGUCGUGAAAGGGCCCAAUUAUUGCAACAGGGAAAGCAGAGUCAAGUUCGCGAAAUGGGGGACGAAAUAGAUGAAUCCCCUCCUCGGACCAGCAAAGACAAAGGGAGGGGUAAGCCAAGGAGGAGAAGAAACAGUUCCCCAAAUAUAUUUGAAGAGGAUAUUAUCGAUGGUUUUGCUAUAAUGAGUUUCAAAACAUUUGAAGAUCUGGAGAAUGUUGUGAAAAAUGUAUCAAAUAAUGUCACCACUAACAAUAAGAAGAACUGUAUAAAAAAUGACACCACAAAUAAACCAGAAAGUAGAUCAAAUACUCCAGUCACACAGAAAAAUGCCACAUUAUCCAAAAAGAAAUCAAAGAAAAAGCAGUCAAAUCAGUCGGUUAAUUCCCAACCACAAACGGAAGACGAACAGAACUCAAGAGACGAACUCCUGACAAUCGCAUCAUUGAGGACUAAUUCAAGAGAUCCACUCAGUGACGCAAGUACUCACUCUAGUUCUGGCCGAGGGUAUCUUUGUGAUAGUGAAAGCGGCGACGAUAAGGUAUCUGAAUCUGGUUCUGAUCUAUUCACAACAGUUAGUCAUAAAAGUCGUCCAACUAUUGAACGUAUUCCUACGCCUACACCAACACCAUUAGAAUCAGUGGCACCACUAACUCCACCCACAUCUUCAUCAACUGUGUGUAAUGGCACGGCCAGCGCUUCACCAUCACCUCCACCCACCACUACUGCUGAUGUUACCUCAGCGACAAUAACCACGACAACCAGUACCACAUCUACAUUGACAGCUGCUGCUACUACAGUUGUACGACCUCCAUCCAGACCUGUGACAACGCCAACUCCUGUAUCUCACAGACGACUAUCGCCCACUCCCCCACCGCGCCCUGCUCGACCAACACCACCUCCUGUUAAACAACACCCCUCGCCACUGAUCAUCCCCCCACCUAUAACAAUAAAGGAACCUGUUAAAGCUACUCCUCCCCCAAGACCAGUGAUACGAAGAGAAGACUCUAGAGAUUCUAGGGAACGAGAAGUUUUGUCUCAUAGUAGUCAUAGCAACAGUUAUCCUUUUCCUAAACCCCAUUGGCCUAGUGCUUCCCCAUAUAACAAUCAACCAUCACCUCAUCUGCCCCAUUCUCAGUCUCCUAGUCUCCCCUCCCCAUUACAUUCCUUACACGGCCACCCUUCCACAUUCCCUCCACACGUGAACCCCCAUCCACUACAUCAUCACAGCACCCCUCACCACCAUAGUAUGUUUGCGCCUCCUCCACUGCAUCCUCAUCAUACUCCACCACAGUUAACAUCAACAGCAUUACCAGCAGCCGUACCUGGUGGAAGUCCUUUCACACACGAGAGUCUCAUCAGAAAUCCAGACUUUUUACAUCAAGAUUUAAAUAAUCGUCUUUUAGCUCACAACAGAGAUUCAAGUUCCAAUCCACUGGUUCCUUCACCAUACAUCCGUAACGAACCAACGUCUCAUCAACAUCAACAUUCUCAUCUUCACCAUCAUCAACAUAUGCAUCAACACGCAUAUGGGGCCUUGGGUACACACCCAUCUCUGGUCCCCACCCCACCUCCUCAUUUGUUUGAUAAAAUUCCAAAAGCUUAUGACAGUCCACUCUAUCGACCAAAUUUGCCUGGUUUACCAAGUUAUCCAGGGUUUUCCUCGUUACUGCCUCCGGGACCUUCGUCUAGUUCAAUAUCUACAGGUUUAUAUGGAGCUUUUCAACCUAAGGCUUGGAAGACCCCACUUCAAAAACCACAGGGUGAAAGGACGAUAGUUCCAGGACAAGUUAUGCUGCCAUUAGGUGCAAGAGAUAAACCCUCACCAGGAACCAGUGUACCACAACCAAAGAAACAAGGAAAAUGGUGUGCAGCACAUGUUCGUGUAGCGUGGGAGAUUUAUCAUCAUCAACAAAAAACACCAGCUGAAUUAUUUAAAGGCAAUGAACUACGUGUCGGAGAUCCUUUACGUCCUCCUAGUCACUUAUUACCAGGCGGAACAUUACAUCGUCCCCCAGAACUUUCAGUCAAUCCUGCAACCUUACUAGCAUCAGCGUCUCAGAGUCGGAAUAUAUUGGACAGUAUUCCUCACAGUUCAGCUAGCAGUAAUUUUCUUAAUCCUAAUCAUUUAGGUGUAACACCGUUUCCACGGACAGCACCGUAUCCGUCUAUGAGUGCAAUGUUUGGCGGACUAGGUAAAGUUAAUAGUUUAUUUAUGAAUGGUCGUGAUGGUCCUGGUACACCUUCACCUCAUGAUUGGAACAGACUUCAUAGAACACCACCAUCUUUCCCUUCGUGGCCCAAACCUGAUGUUGAACGGGAAAUUGAAAGGGAACGGGAGCGAGAGCGGGAACGAGAACGGGAGCGAGAACGGGAACGAGAGAGGGAAAGGGAAAAAGAAAGAGAAAUGGAUAGAAGAAAAGAAGAAGAGAGAGAAAGAGAAAGAAGACAUUCAGAGCAUAGAGAUAGAAUAAAUAAUAGUGAAUUUGAAAGAUCUCGAGAAAGAUUUAAGGAACUCGAAAAUAAUCAUCAUCAUUCUUCUCGUUCGCGAUCUAGAUCUCCGAUACGUAAUGGCCGACUAGACUCUAUAAAAACUGAUAUGAAUGGAGAUCGACGUUACGAGGACGGUCCUAGUAUUAAUAAUGUGAUUAAAGUGAAAGAAGAGAGACGGGAAGAGGACCUUGUGGCUUUAGAACGUGAAAAAGCUAUGAGUUUAUCACGGAACAAUUUUAUUGGUCUUGGAGGUUUACCUCAUGUCAAUCCACUAGGGCCUCCCCUUAGUGCUCAUUUAGGCCUAAACAUGUUGGACCGGGCAAGGGUUCUAGGCACACAUUAUCUCAACCCAGAAAGACCCUCUCAUCCCUCAUUGUGGAAUCCGUUUGAGAAAAAUAUGGACUUAAAUCAUAGACUACAGUUAGAACGCGAGAGAGAACGUAUGAUGGGUGGAUUACCCCGCCCAAUGUCAUUAAUGGAACAGGAUCAACUUAAAGAACAGUUUCUGAUGAGGGACCAUGAACGAGAAAUGGAAUUCAGACGACAAUGUUAUGAGCGUCUGCCUCAGUAUGAAAAAGAUAGGUUAGCGUUCGAACAGCCCAGGUUUCCUCCAAUGAGGACGGCCGACAUGCAGCUCUUUAAUCAUUUUCCUCGGACAGUGAGUCCAAUGAUCAACCAUACUGGCAGCAAAAGUAAUUCCCCGGCCUGUAUGCCCGGUGCCCCACCACCUCUCAUACCCUCGGCAAGUGCUACUCACUCACGCAGCCAUGAUAAUUCACCUGCCAGUACUAAAUCGAAGGGUUGUAGUCCGGCAGAUAGUACGAGUGAAAAUAAGGACAAGAUACGUGAAAGUAGUUCGACAGAUCCCGACGCUCACUCCAGAUAAUAUAUUUCUCAUAAUCAAUUGAUAUGGCAGGAAAAGUGCCCUUUUUAACGAUAAUUUUAUUUGUGGAACUUCAAAAGUUCAUUUUGACAGUUGAACAAAUUGUGAUAUUGAUAAGUAAUGUUGCAAUAUGAACCGUGUGUGGAACUGAUUUUUAUUGUGAAGUGCAAAUAUUGACAUUGGACUGUCAAAAAACAUACUAUUUAUAGAUGUAAUAUAUUGUACGGUACUUGCACCAAGCAGCAUCUUUUGAAAACGGUAUUUCAAGGUGGUCUCAUAUAUUAUAUACAUCACAAGAAUUAAAUUCCUGUGUGAUUACAACAUAGUGCGAUCAAGACACUUUAACAAUCCCAUGAAGUAGCUUUAAGCUAAAAACUAUUUCAUAUAUUAAUAUAUAUAGUGUUUUAACAGGGAGUAUUCGGUGAAUACACAGACUUUAUAUAGUGCUCUUUAUCCAAAAUACAAAGUCAAGUACAAAUUAUGGCAAGAUACUCAUUUCGAUUCAAACUGACGUGACGAUAUUUGCCUUGGUAUUAUAUGUAUAUAUUGUACUUUUAAAAAAACCUAUUAUUAUUAUUUUAUGUGUGAGAAAAGGAGGUAGACUUUGAAAGGAAAGUUCAACAAAUCCGUACAAGUUAGAAACAUGUUGAUAUAAGUCAAGAUGCAAUCCCAUGAUGCAGCUGUUUAUAUUGUCCAUAUAAUGACAUCAAAGGUACAUAACUCUUGUACACUGAUUUAUUUCAAACAAAGCCUGAUUGUCUAAUGUUAGUCAGUCUGAAUGCGAUUAUCGCUGUAAUGUUUUUUUUUUACAAUUAUUAAUCUAUAUUUGUGGCACUGGUGAAGAAUUAAUACUGUACACUUUCUGUUUUGUCAGUAGAAUAGCCCCUGUAUUUCCAUCCCCCCUGCUUUAAUAUAAUGAUAAUGCAAUUGUUCUGACUUAAUUUACUAUAAAUGUUUUGAAAUAUAUAACUAUUAAACAGUUAUAACUUUUAGUGGCGUAUGUGUAGAAGCUAAAUAUAAAAUAAGAAUUUAUAAUUGUGACUUUUAAAUUUUAAUUUUCAUACAAGUUUGAUAAUAAAGAGAACUAUUUUAAUGGUUCCCAAAGUAGUGAUUUAAGUAGCUAAAAAUAUCUCUUGAUUUUGACUUUUAUCUAAUAGAAAUACCAAAUAUGUUUUCAAUCUUUCUAGAACAUAUGUCACUGAAUAUCAUUUCUGCAGUAAAUUCACAAAUUAGAAUUCUACACAUUUAAUUGAAAAUAUAAUGUUCAUGUUGAAAUUCAUAGGUCCCAGCUCUCACCUUCAAUAGUUUAAUUGGAAUAUGAAAGUUAUAUAAAUUUUACGAUUGUACCCGAUGUAAAAAAUAUUAAGAUGAUGAAAGUGUAAUGUUGAAGUUUAAAUUCACAACUAUGAAUUCUUAUCUUUAAGUUAUUACAUUGGAAUUUGAUAAAAAAGAAAAUUAUCAACUGUUAAUUUUGUUGUGAAUAAAUGUCAGGUGUUCUGACAUUGUGCCAGGUUCAUAUCAGUGAUUGUCCAUAUCUACAUUUCUAUUGAUACCAAUUAAAUCCAUUUCUAUCAACUAUCAAGUUAAUCAUAUCAAAGUUUCUGGUUUAAAUAACUAUGAUAAAUUUAUUAUGUUUUUAUUAAAUAUUUAUUUAAUAUCGUAUAAAAAAUUUACCAAAUUUAUUGAAUCUCUCGAUUCUCAACAUGGGCAAUUUUAUCAUGAUAAUUUGAUGCACUUUUUUUAAUUUGAUGUACUCAAAAUAAAAUAAUUUUGUUCUUUUAUCAUAAUUCAAAGUUGGCUAUAAUAAAGAUUUCAUUUACUGAUAAAUGACAAAUUAUAUUUUGAAUUAUGAAAUACAUUUAUUUUACUUUGAUAUAUAAAUAUUAAUUGAUCUUCAUUUUACCAUUUAGUUGUGUCUGUUCUUUAAAAUUCAAAAGUAUGUCUCAAAAGAUUUGUUUUACUUAUGUGUUCACUGGUGGUUAUCAAUAAUCAAUAGAAAGUAAUUAUAAUUCAAAAGAAACUAUUUGUGUAUCACUGUUAUAUGAGAUCAAAAUAGCAAAAUCAAUUAUAUACUGUGUAAUAGACUAUUGAAAGUCCUUAUAAACCAUAAUGGUUCACUUUUUGUCUGAUUAAAAAAGUACUUCUGUCGAUCUUUCUGUUGAAUAGGAUGAGGUUUUUUUUAGUUAAUAUUUACACUACAGUAUAGUCUAAUAACAUUUCCAAGAAGUUUUUGUUCAAUUGACCCUAUCUGAGCUCUUGUCUAACCAAUAAGAAAUGCAUUGUCUUGGUUGGUCAAAUAUAGUUUUAACCAAUCACAUGUUCCAAAUAGAACAAACAUCUGCUAAGGAUGUAGUUAGAUAUUCAUGUAGUGUAAUUCAACCAAAACAUAAAAUUUAAACUUAAACAAACCUAAGUUUAAAUUUUAAUUAGAUUUAACUUUUUUUGCCUAUGUUGAAUAUUUAGAAGCAAUAGUCUUUUGCCAAAUAUACGCCAAGAAUUUUCAAAUUAUAUAUAUCGAAACUUUGUGAAAUGAUGAACUCUCUUUCUCAUGCAAAUUUAGGGAACCAUAUUAAGAAUAUUUCUGGAGAUAGGUGCUAGAUUUCUGGAGAAAUAAAACUAAUUGCUAUGUACUUUAUAAAAUGUCUAGUUUAAGUGAACUAAGUGUGCUCUGCCUUGUAGGUUGUGGAAUUGUCAAUGAUGUUUAUUUAUAGUAACAAAUUUUGUAAAUAUAUAAAUAUUAUAUAAAUACAUGAAUUUCUAUUGCCUAUAGAAACAUGGUCAGAAAUAAAUCUUCAUAAACUCA